AUGGCAGCAGAGGAACGAAACAUGGAAGUUUUAGUAGACCUGCAAAACAAAGCGCUGCACAAAGAUGAGGCUCUGCCGAAGAAGGAGGAUGAAGAUAAGACCACGCUGGAAAAGGAGAGGGACGAGGCGAUGGAGAAGCUUAACGAGUUUCAGCUGGUGUCUCAGAUGGUCAUAGAAGAAGUCAGUGCGAUUCAGGAGGACCUGGAGAUAGAGAGGCUAUGUCGAGAAAGUGCUGAAGCUCUGGCCUCAAAGUUAAAGCGUGAGAACCGUUCACUAAAGAGGAAGAGCAUGAUGAUGUUAUCAUACCUCAGCCCAGAAACCAUCAUAGACAUCAACCUGGAUGAAGAAGAGCGAGCCGCAGGCGACGAUGAGGAGGAACAAGAACCAUCGGGAUCUUCGAACGCACUCUGCAUCUCCGCCUGCUGCUCCACCGCAAUAUCAGUUUCUCAGUUUGCUGUGGAGGAAUAUGAAGCCUUGCAACAAACCUUGGAUUUGGAGCAAAACCUGAGGACUGAAGCAGAGAGCUUUGCCCGAGAAAUGCUGGUUGAACAGAAAAAACUGAAGAGACAGAGUCAGCUCCUGCUGCAGAGCUGCACGCCCAGCCAAGCUCUGCAAGAUGCCCUCAGCCAGGUGGCUGUUCUGACAGCAGAGGUGGAGAGACAAAGACUGGAGCAUCACAACCAGCUCAAGCAGAUGGAAGAAAAACUAAACAACUGUGAGACUCAGAAGGAAAUAACUGCAUUGAGACACAAACUGGUUCUCCUGGAGGAGGAGAAAAAGGAGAGCAGCACCCGCUGCUUCAAGGCUGAACAAGAACUCAAGGAUCUCAAAAUUACAGGUGAGGUUUUUGCCUCCACUGCUUUUCAAAGGCUGGCGUUCAACACAAAGAAAGCAACAGAAGAUACCGACUAUAGGCCAGUUUGA